UUUUCGUCUCGAGAUUCUCGUGAAAUAACGAGUAUCAGUUCCCGUGAGCUCAAAAUCCUGCACUUCACAGUCCUCUCAUCUCACGUCCCAAUCACUUCACAAUUCACAAUUAAGCAAAACAAAACCCCUCUUUCUUCUUCUUCUUCUUCUCGUGUGAUGUGAUGACUCAAUCGAUGUCGCACAAGCCUCUCGAUUCACGCCACUCCAUGGACUCGUGCAUGUUGCAGCUUCGCAGCUGGAAACCCUUCAAGCUCCAAACGACUCCCACCAAAAUCCAUGACUCCGAUGGGUCCCACCUCAUCAACCAAACAACUAGGCCUUGCCCUUACAACUACUCCUCCAACAACAAGCGUCCUUGCCUCUCCGACCGUGCCACGACGUCGUUUUCUCUCGACAUGUCCAAACUCACCCUCGCCGACGACGACAACAAGCCCAACAGGACCGGCAAUUACCGCCUCAUCGCUCGCAAGAGGCGCCGCCGCGGAUCCAGAUCCGUGUCCGGCCGGAGCAGCGAUCGGAGCGGCACGCGCCGCUGCUGCUCCGUUGGGGCUUCGGCGGCGUACGGGACUUGUUCCGAUUUUCCGGUGGCGAUGGGAACCGAUUCGAGCGGGGAGUUGUUCGGAAAUGGUGAUGCGAAUUGGUCUUCGGAUGUGAGCGAAGCCAAGAAUUCGAGGAGGGAGAGGGAUAGGGAUGGUGGGAGUGGAGAGAAGGAGAAUGUGGGUUUAGGGUUUGGGGUAAGUGGGUGUACUGAUGCUAAUGGGAAUGAAUCAGGGUAUGGGAGUGAACCGGGUUAUCGUGGGGAUGCUGAGUUUGGAUAUGGGGAUGAGUUUGAUGAGGAAGAGGAUGAUGCAAGAUUGUUGUUUUGGGGUGACCAUCUUGGAGCUGUAGAUUCUAAAAUGGAGAUGGUUGGGGAGAACACCUUGCUAGAUCAAAGAUCUCAUCAUAGAUGCCGUCGUAGGAAGCAUGACUGUAGAAUGGUUGAUGCAUUGAGAUGAGGAUAGCAGAAAUCUAUCUUUCCUUCAACAAGGGACUGGAACCGGCUUCUUUUCUGGUUCAUAUAUGAUACUGCGUACCCUCGUCCUUACCCAUUCGCCAAAUCAAUGUCCGAAAUGGGAUAAUUCAGCUUCUGUAAAUUUUGAUCCAAAUAUUAAAGUGAUCUACUUACUGAUAUAUGAUGAGGAAAUGUGUAAAAGUAUUGCGCUUUUCUUAUUUCUUUGUUUGGGAUGUGUACCACUACCACCUCUAAUCUCAGUCAUACAAAUUUGUAGAACACAUUUGGAAAAAAAAAAAUCACAAUGAAGAACAUACUUUUAGCAUGCAUACUCAGUUUC